AUGGCACCACGCACUGCUAACGUCGUCACGCCUCAGGUGAGCUUGGGGGGCGAGGGAGACUGGGAUCUGCGAUGCCCAAUUCUCGCGGUCGCUGUGCAUGACCUCGGGACCCAGAAGAGCAGCGGAAUCGUUACGCCCAUCCACCGCAACAAACACUCGCAUCACGCCAACAUGACAGCGAAACAGGUGAAUACACGUGUUUUUGUGUUGAUACAGAGUACCUCUGCAAAUGUCACCACACUGCUGCACGUGGCAGCAGAACACAACCAGGUGUCCGUGGCACUCUUCGUGAUGCAGUUCAUAAGCCCCAACGCUGUCAACGCAGACGGCAGCACGCCGGCUCACCUGGCGGCCAGGAAGGGCCACACCCAGGUGCUGAGUGCACUGCUGCGUGACCCUUUCCUGGAUAUCACCAAACGUGACCGCUAUGGCUACACUUUCAAGCAAUUGCUUUGUGCGCCGCUGUUUGACGCGGUUCUGAAGUGGGACAAUGCCAAGAUCAAAGAUCUCUUGAAUGUGGGCGCUGACCCCGACACGGAGGCUGGGGGCGUGGUGGGCGGCGCACUGGUGCGAGAGCUGCGGGUCACCACUGCCCGCCAGCUGGCCCGCGCCCUAGGACGGGAUCAGCAGACCGCUCCCAUGUUUGGAUUGAAUAACGCACCAAAGCCCCGAAUAUCAGGAGUCUCUAGCAAGUUGGAUCAAUCAUCCACACCGAGAGGCCGCAGCGCCGCCCUCCACCAGCUGCCGAUGGGCUCCUUGAGGCUGCAGGUGGCUCCCUCCGAGGUGGCGGCUGGCGGGCAAGACGUGUACCAGACCAACGACUCCUCUCCCGGCUACGUGUGUGUCCUGAACUACGGUGCUUUCCAGUAUCGCCCUGACCUGCACCUUGGCGGUUCCGAAGCCGACGCCCACAAUCUGGCCACCGUGUUCAACAAGAUGGGCUACACCGGCCACACUCAUCUGACGAGGCUGCGGGACAUGCAGGAGGUUCGGCAGGCUUCGUGCCUCGUCUUCGUCAUCUCCAGCCACGGCACGUCUCGUCAACAGUUCCUCACCAGCGAUAUGCAACUGUUACACACUCAGUGGGUGCUCGACCUCUUCAAGGACUCGCAGUGUCCUCACCUGAAAGACAAGCCCAAGGUGUUCCUGUGGGAUCUGUGCCACGGCCAAUACAGAGAGAACCACAUCCAAAACAUCCAAGGCUACGCCGCUCCUCAACAUGGCAGACUGGACGAGCCGCUGCGAGACGUGUGUGUGCACUCCAGCAGCGGAGGUUUCACCAACUACACCUUCACCAGGGACGGCACGCCCUUCACCAAGGCGCUGUGCCGCACUCUGGCACACCAUGCUCACCACAAGGACCUCGACGAGCUAUACAGGGCGCUUCUCGCUGAAUACCGCAAGGCAGCGCCCGGUGUGGUGCCCACGUUUACCAACAUUGGGUUCAGCAAAAGAUUCUUCUUUAACCCAAGACCUGAGGCCAACGCGUGAGCUCACUGCAUGUGCUCUGUGGUGAUCUAAUACCAAAGAUAGCGUUAGGUAUA